AUGUCAGCCUGCGGCGAGUUUGCAGAACACGUGUGGAAACCCGGAUCGUGUAAGAACUGCUUCCACCCGCGUAGCGCCCACCGUGCCAGCGGGGGCAGCAUAGUUUCCUGUGGUGCCCUGAGGGCCAGUCUGGAUGGAGAGGAGGAGGAUGGCCAGGGGGUAACCGUGCACUCACUCUAUUCCAAACCCACCAUCGCUGUCCGCCCUACCAUGAUGCACCCUGACACCAGCGACAUGCUGGCAGACGUCAACAUGAACAUAGAGCAGGUGAGAACUCACUAACUCAAAUACAGAUUUGUGACAAUGUAUGCCUUUGCAUUUUACCUGCCUAUGUAAUAACCAUGUCAAUAUAGAAUAAAUACCCAAUAGAAACCCAUAGGUUUUAGAGUGACUUAAUUCAAGUGAUUCAAUAAUGACUGUAUGUUUUCUAUAACCAUGAAUUGUGUUUCCCCUCCAUGUGUCACCAGGACAAUCAGAAGAGUCCAGGGGACAGACUGGGCCUUAAGAAGAUGUUGGACCUGUCCCCUAUCUACAUAGACAGUAAUGGCUGUAACAAGGCCCUGAGAGAGGCAGUACUACACAGUACUGCAGCCCCUGGGAAGAUGGACUACCCGUGCAACCGCUUCUCCCCUGGACCUCUAAGCCCCCAUUCCCCUCUGUCCCCGUCUGCCCUGCAGAAGGACUCUAGUAUGAUCAUCAGCAGUAUCUUUGUGACCCAGGAGGAUGGCCACGGCCGGGGGCCUCAUACUGCCUACAGUCUGAAGGAAAAUGGGAAUAGCAACGGUGAAUUCUCCUACAGGCAACAAAUCACCAAGAAUACCAAAACCACCAAGAGCACUUACAAUGGGAAUGGCAUCGGCAUGGUGACCACCACUAGAGGGUCUUCCAAAGUCCAUGCCAUCCAGGAAGUACAAGCACCUCUGGGUAUUGCUAUCAACGUCAUUGCCACGGCAACCACAACAGCCGGUAACGGCAUCGGUAACGGUCUGAGCACCACCACAGCCACCCCAAGUAACGGCCUCACGUCUGAUACCACAGACCCGUCCAGCACUUCUCUCGUCCCAGCCUUAACCACCCUGGGCUCAGGGGCCUCUCCGGGCCCACUAGGGCCCAACAUCCAACCCUGUGGAGGUGGCAGAACCAACUCCUUCCUCUCUGAGCCUGUCUCCAGCCUGUCUCUGUCAGACUCCUGCUCCUACCGCAGCAGCACAGACUCCCUCACAGGACUGCUGGGGCCAGAUAAUCCCACUCCUCAGAGCCACUCAGCCUCCUCAGCCAGCCCUCCCUCAGAUGGACAGACGACAUCGUCAGAGCCCAUCUAUGCUGAGAGCACCAAGAGGAAGAGGAGGCCUCAGAGCGCUGGGGGGAAUGGGAAGCCUCAACCCCCCCAGCCCCAGGCCCAAAAGCAAUGCUCAGAGCUGGAGCUCACAGGAGAGGGUCAGAACCAGAGGGCAAAGAUAACCGUCAUGGCCGCCCAUACUGAGGAGAACAAUCGGACGUUCUACCUGAGCAGUCCGGACUCAGCCGUCAGCACCCAGUGGCCUCAUUUCAGCCCCACGGCCCUCAGCAACCCUGGGAGUCCAGCCUUCAAGUGGCCCUCUAGCUCCUCUGUCACGGAGACAUCCUCCACAUCAUCCCCAGCCUCCCCUGCCUCCCUCCAGCCCAAACCCCAGAACAGCCCCCCAAUCCCUCCCAAGAGGAACAACCGUUCCCCCAAACCACUCCUCGGGACCUCUAGUCUCUCCCCAGUCCCUCUCCCUGAGCUCAGCAUCCAGGGAAUCCAGGCUCUGUCUCUAUCCCCCAGGGAGAGGGACGUCCAGGUGCAGGUGAAGCCCCAUAUGGAGCCCCACAACUCAGUCUCAUCGGAGGCCCGGAGGCACAAGCUCCACACCACCGCCUGGAACUGGGAGGGCCGGAUCGAGGAGGAGGAGGAGGGGGAGACGGAGGAGGGCCAUGCCCAGGAGAGUGCCUCUCGGAGCAGGGUGAUGGGGCUCAUCAAUGGGGCGGCUGUCUGGAGAGAGGCCAGGGAUUGGAGACCCGCUGGGGGGACGCAGGGCAGUGACGGCCAGCAGGGCAGCACCCAGACCCUGCCAGGCACCGUGGCCAACAAUGGUGCCAGUCAGAAACUGAAUCAGGCAGGCUGCAGCGGCGGCAGCGUGGAGGAGGGCAAACAUAGCAGGAGCAUGUUGGCUAAAACGCCGCCGUUGACUCCAUCGUCUCUCUCCAGCACGGUGCAGCUCUCAGCAGAGGGGAAGAGUUCAAGCCAGGGCCCCAUUCCUCCACCCCCUCCGCCUAAGAAACACCACAGGUAA